UGUAAGGGGACAGCUCCGGAAUAGCAAGCGGGGAGGCUGCCAGUGCAUCGCUGCGAGCUCGCCAGACGAAAACCAUAAAAGCCCACGAAACGACGCGCUUCGCUCUCUGCUAACGUAAUGCAUUUUAGAGUAAAGAAAUAGGUGCGAUCCCUAAGUUCAGAGGAGCCAAAGCCCGGAAUCUACUCCCUUUAUUGUAACAUCAUCUUUAUUGUCGGCGCUGUCCUUUCUCUAGCGUUGGAUGUGGCACUCUUCAUCAGCCGUGCGUUUGUAAAAAUCCCGACAGCACCAGCAUGGGCUCCAGGCUCAGCAGACAGAGAAGUCUGGACAGCGGGGUGAAAUUCCCCAAGCGGAGACGCCAGCGGCAUGACAGCUCCGGGGAUACCGAGCGGAGUGGGAGCCGGGCUGCCGGAGACUUUCUGUUCACGUCGCUGAUGCUGAGGUCGGACAGGCUGCCGGGGAUGCUGCGGAAGACCAACCACAGCCCAUACGUGCGGAGAGUGGCGUGGAUCCGGGAGAUACAGAAGCUGCUGCGCGGCUACAAGGUUGAGCAGGCGGUGGACGUGCUGAAAUUACUGAGGAAGGAUCUGGGCUUAGAAGGAACCUCCCUUAAUGACAUCCUGUACAAGAACGCUGCUUUCCUGAACCUGGUGGACCCCAUCUCCCACGAGCUGCUCCUUAGCCUGGCCAGAGACAUGCAGUGCCCCAGGAAGGAUGCCGACACCUUGAAGUCCUCUGACAAGAUCUGCCGGCAGCUGAUCUACCACCUGACCCCGCACUCCAAGUGGUUACGGCAAAGCAUGCCCAGGAGGAAAUCCCAGGCCUGCCUCAAAACGACACUUCAGAAGAAGCUAUUCAAUGACACAGUGGACCUGUCUGGGAUCCCGCUGUCCACCAGGGACGUCCACCGAGUGGCGUAUUACCUUCAGAAUAAUGGUGAUGCGGUGGCUUCAGUGGACCUGAGCUUCACCGAGCUCCAUGAUGAGAACCUGCGUCUCCUGCUGCCAUACCUGGGUGCUCUGCCCAAGCUGGCCACACUGGCGCUCAAUGGCAACCGACUCACCUUCGCCAUUGUCAAGGACCUCUCAGAGGCCAUGAAGGACCCCAAGAGAUUCUCCAGCCUAGCCUGGAUCGACCUGGGUAACAAUGUGGACAUCUUCACUAUGCCGCAGCCACUGCUGGUAGCACUGCGUCGGCGAUGCAGCCUGAAGAGCAGCCUACCCACCAUCUAUGAGUACACGGAAGGGCAACCCUAUUGCUAUCACAUGGAGACCUCUAUCGAGGAGGCCAGCCACUGUGAAGAGGAGGAGGAGGAUGAGGAAGAUGAGGGUGAGGAGGAGGAACUUGAGGACAAGCUAGAGCUGGAACCCUGGGGCAUUGGCCAGAAGAAGGUGUCCCAGAACUUCUCACUGCACUAUUGCGAGAGGUGAUUCCCUAACUAGCAGUACCUCCCAGACGCUGGGCCUGACUUCAGUACCAAAGGCCUUCCCUUUGUUUCUGUCACCAUGACAACAGGCCCCUCCUUUCCUCAAACCACCACAAAUUUCCACACCAGGAGUCCAGUACUUAUAUUGGCAAGUGUGAGCUGUACAUGCAGAGGAUAUCCCAUCUUCGGGGUUCCCCAUUAGCCAGAUACCGCACCUCUGGAAAUCCCAACUCUAAGAGUGUGCUGAGCCCUACGCCUGCCACUGACUUACUCUGGUGAUCGAUGGUGUUCCUAGUAACCAGCUAGGAUUUCAACAGGAGCAGGGUGGGAAGAAAUUCUGUGUGUUUCUUGGAAGAGCGCCCACCUUACUCGAAGAAGGAUGGGAUCCCGAGUGGAUCCAGAGGUCCUCAACUAGAGCAUCUUGGAGAUGAGAAGACCGAGCGGUCCACAUGGCGCUCGCUGUACCUGCCACUGGUACUGAAGCCAUAGAUUGGACAGUGUUUUUGUCAAACAUUCGCUUGUGAAUUACUGUGCAUUGUUUGUGGUGAAGAGAAUGAUGGCACAACCAAACGGAACUUUCAUAUUGUCUGGAUUCAGUUUGUUGAACUGGGACAAACUGCAACUUUGGUGAUUUAGUUAACUUGACUAACGCUGAAAUAUUUAUUGUGUUUUUUUUUUUAUUGGUAUUUUCAAUAUUUAUCUGAAUGUGUUGAACCUAAUAUUGAAUGGCCUGGAAGCCGUAAUUUAAGGGCACAUGUUUAACAAUGUAAUAAAUAGUUUGUUAGAUCCUCAUAUUCCAUUGUGUAUUUACAGGAAGGAUGUUUGCAUAAUUAACAAAAAUUAACUGAUGAUAAAGUGGAGAGAGAUCAAAUUUGGCUGUUGAUCAUAAUGGUAGCAAGUCACAUAUUCACCUGUACAGGUCAUAAUACUAUGGGCCUAAGGAGAAAAACUAUCCUCUCUGUUAAACAAAGAAAUCUCCAAGAAAAGCGAUUUUGCAGUCUGCACCACAGAGAUCAGCUCCUGAUUGGAUGAGAGCAUCCCAUUAGAAGAUCCAUUAACAGUGAGAUCGCUGGGCUUCCAGUGAUUGCCUUCCAGUGAUUGGGGCUUCGGCAGACAUUGCAGAGAAGUUCUUACAGAGAGAGCACUGUUUUUAUGACAACGUGACUGAGGUCCUCAGAGACUCAAUAACCCCAGUGUCCAAGGCAGGGCCAGAAAGAGCAUCGAAGAUCUCCUGUCCAAGCCAGACCUCUGACCAAACUGGACUGCUAUCCAAAACAGACCAAAAUGUUGACAAAACCACGUGCUGGAAAGAGGGUUGCAGCAAAGGAUUUUCCGUUUCUUGGUUCAGCUGUGUAAAUCUUAGAGACUUGGUUGCCAUCAUUGUAGCUGAUUACCAAGCCACCAAAACUCCUCCUUACUGUCACAACGUAUGUAGCAUCAUACCAAUGUCUUGUACGAACAAAAGGAUCAAUGGAUGUCAAUCCUGGCUUCUAACUUCAUCCUAUUGGGUAUAACAGUGUGCUGAAACAUGUCAGUGGCUACCUGUCAGCUUAAAACUGUCUGCUUCUUUGUUCAGCAAAAUGACACGUCAGUGGAGUGACUUGACUAUUAAAUAUCCUCGAAUGGAGCCAUGAAGCCGACCUGGCUGGCAGAGUGGGGGGGUUGGAGGAGCAGUCGGACUGGCAGCUGUAAAGCUCCCCGUGCACCAACACCUCCCAUACAUUUUCAGGAGUAAGUGUGCAAGCAAGCCGUGAAAGCUGUCCUGGUGCAUAUCUGUCCUUUUAGUAUCGUUAGUAUUUUAAUUUUCAAUCAGAUUACAUUUACAAGUCGAAAAAUACAAAUGCUUCUUACCCUGCUGUAUGCUUUACUCACCCGUCGAAACCACCAAAGUGAGUGUCUUACAUUGAAGAACUGCAUCAGUUAUGUGACUUUUGGAAGCAGCAAUGUAAGUGAUUUCACUUGUAUGAUCUUGUAUUACGGUCAAAUCUUCAGUCCUGUCAUGUGGUGCUAUGUCCUGUGUGUGUGCGUGUGUGUGUGUGUGCGUGUGUGUGUUUCUAUCUUUGAUCAGAGCUUCGAUGGCACCUCGUGUAAAAUGGUGUUGCGUCGUCCGGGGUCACAUCUGCCAUCUGUGUGCAUCAGUAAAAUCAGCCAAGCACCUUGUUGCUAUGCACAGCGCUGAUGUGCUAGAACAUUGCGUGAUUUCGUUGUCUGGGCCUUUUGAGGUGUUACAAACUAAGCCUCCCUUCUGCUGCUACAGUAAGCUAACUUUUUCCAAGAAAACACAAACAAAAUCUCAAAAUAUUACAACGCAUGGCAAUGUAUGUAGAGGACAAAGUUCUAAAUGCACACAUCACAGAUGUGAAACCCUUUGCUUACAUUCUCAUUAAAUGUCCUGUUACAGAUUAGUUGGCUGUAAACUGAAGGUUGUUCUUUCUGGAAACAAAUCAAGCUGCAGAUGAACAUACAGCAGCACAGUCUGCCUGAACUGGGCCGAGAGUCAGGGCCUUUUGGACACAUCUCACUCCCCGUAAAUCUGCACAUCGGCUAGGCGCUUCCACACACACCCGGUGCACUGCAAAUCCAAAUGGUGUUUCACAGGUUAUUCAAUAAUAAAGAAAGUGAAUCACUA